GUUUUUUAACCCGGAAAAGGUUGCUGUUUACAGCGCAACGUUUUCCGCCACAAAACGACAGUGAUUUAAAGAAGUCUCAAAACGGCAACGAGGGAUGGAUUCUCCAGUCAGAAGUGAAAGCUCCAGUGCUAAACAAACAGAGAGAAAUGGACCUUCAGAUGAUGAGUCCAGUCCAGGAGCACAGGGGCCUCAGCCAGCUAAUGCAAGGGAGAGAUGCUCUAAGAAGGAAUCCUCUCCAGAAGGCAGUAACAAAUCCAAGAGCUCCUCCGCAAGUAGCUCAGACGACAGCAGCAGUGAUGAUGAUGAACACCAAAGUGCUCUAGUGAAGAUUAGGAGCAGUGUGGCACAGUUACCACGAGUCAGGUCCAAAGAGAGUGACAGAUCCUCAUCUAGAGAGAGUAAACGGUCCAUGGAAGAAGACGGAUCUGAGUCCAAAGAAAACAACCGAUCCAAAUCCAGAGAGAGAGACGGAUUGAAGUCUAAGGGAUGUGAAAGGUCGGGAUCCAGAUCCAGCCGAGAGGAUAGAUCCAGAUCCAGGGAACGAAGAAGGUCCAGGUCCAAGUCCAGAUCCAGAGAACGUGGAAGAUCACGGUCUAGAUCAAGAGGACGGGAAAGAUCCAGAUCUAAGGGGCGAGACAGAUCCAGGUCAAGAGGACGGGAUCGUUCCAGAUCCAGAGAAAGAGACUGGAACAGAGACCGCUUCGAUAGGAGACGCUACCCUCGAGAUCGCUACGACGACCGACGCGACGACAGGGACAGACGUUUUGAUCGGCGAGCCAACAGAGAUGAAGAUUCAGAGCGCAGGAGGAGGGGCCGGUCUGGCUCCCCUCCAGCAGACAAGGAGCCGGCUGCCGGCGAAGAGCCGCCGGUCAAGAAGAAAAAGGAGGAGCUGGACCCGAUCCUGACGAGGACCGGUGGCGCUUACAUCCCGCCGGCCAAACUGCGCAUGAUGCAACAGCAAAUCACAGACAAGAGCAGCCUGGCCUAUCAGAGGAUGAGCUGGGAAGCUCUGAAGAAGUCCAUCAACGGUCUGAUCAACAAAGUCAACGUGUCCAACCUUGUGAACAUCAUCCAGGAGCUGCUGCAGGAAAACAUUGUCAGGGGAAGGGGCCUUCUGGCUCGGUCAGUGCUGCAGGCCCAAGCAGCUUCUCCCAUCUUCACUCAUGUGUACGCUUCCGUCGUGGCCAUCAUCAACUCAAAGUUCCCACAGAUCGGCGAGCUGAUCCUUAAACGCCUCAUCUUAAGCUUCAGGAGGAGCUACCGGCGCAACCUCAAGCAACAGUGCCUGACAGCCUCAAAGUUUGUGGCUCAUCUCAUCAACCAGAACGUGGCCCACGAGGUUUUGUGUUUGGAGAUGCUCACUCUGCUGCUGGAGCGUCCGACUGACGACAGCGUGGAGGUGGCCAUCUCUUUCCUCAAGGAGUGUGGACUCAAACUGACCGAGGUCUCACCCCGUGGAAUCAAUGCCAUAUUUGAGCGUCUCAGGAAUAUCCUCCAUGAAUCGUCCAUUGACAAAAGGGUCCAGUACAUGAUCGAGGUGAUGUUUGCCAUCAGGAAGGAUGGUUUCAAAGAUCAUCCCGUCAUCCCUGAAGGCCUGGACCUGGUGGACGAGGACGACCAGUUCACCCACAUGCUGCCGCUGGAUGACGAGUACAACCCAGAGGAUAUCCUCAACGUGUUCAAGUUGGACCCAGACUUCCUGCAGAACGAGGAGAAAUACAAAACCAUCAAGAGAGAUAUCCUGGAUGAAGGCAGCAGCGAUUCAGGAGAGGAGGGAGAUGGCAGCGACGAUGAAGAGGAGGAGGAAGAUGAGAACGAGGAAGCGGGAGAAGAUGAGAAGGUCACCAUCUUUGACAAGACAGAAGUCAACCUCGUCGCUUUCAGAAGAACCAUUUAUCUCGCUAUUCAGUCCAGCUUGGACUUUGAGGAAUGCGCUCACAAACUGAUCAAGAUGGACUUUCCUGACACCCAAACAAAAGAGCUGUGUAACAUGAUCCUGGACUGCUGUGCACAGCAGAGGACCUACGAGAAGUUCUUCGGUCUGCUUGCAGGGAGGUUCUGUCUGUUGAAGAAGGAGUACAUGGAGAGCUUCGAGGCCAUAUUUUCUGAGCAGUACGACACAAUCCACCGACUAGAGACCAACAAACUGAGGAACGUGGCCCGACUGUUCGCUCAUCUGCUCUACACAGACUCCGUGCCGUGGAGUGUGUUGGAGUGUAUCCGAAUGAGUGAGGAGACCACAACAUCAUCUAGCAGGAUUUUUGUGAAAAUCCUGUUUCAGGAGCUCUGCGCCUACAUGGGCCUCCCAAAACUCAACCAGCGGCUCAAAGACCCAACCCUGCAAACCUUCUUUGAGGGUCUUUUUCCUCGUGAUAACCCCAGAAACACUCGCUUUGCCAUCAACUUCUUCACCUCCAUUGGACUGGGAGGCUUGACCGACGAGUUGAGAGAACACCUGAAGAACGCACCAAAGAUGAUCAUGACUCAAAACCAGGAAGUUGAAUCAUCUGACUCAUCGUCCUCAUCGUCGUCCUCAUCGUCGUCCUCGUCGUCGUCAGACUCUUCCUCCUCCGAUUCCUCCAGCGAAUCAGAUUCUGACUCCUCAUCCAGCAGCAGCAGCUCAGAUGUUGACAGCAAACGCAAGAAGAAGAAGAGAAAGGGACGCGUCGAAGAGAAGAAGAAAGGAAAGGACAAGAAGAAGAAGGAGAAAGUGGACAAGAGGCGAAAAGGAGGCAGGAGCGACAACGACAAUGACGUGGAGAAGAAGGACAGGAGGGACCGUGAGCGUGAAUUGGACGAGCGCGCACGCGGGGACGCCCCGGGACGAAGGCGUGAAGACAGGUCGGAGGAAGAGGAGCGGCAGGAGGAAGAGGGCCGGAGACGAAAAGCGGACAGACAAAGAGAUGAUGACAGUGAAAGAAACAGAGGAAGAGAAGGGGACAGAGGGAGAGACAGAGACAGUGGGCGAGGGAGAGAGAGAGAGUAUGAAGACAAGAGAGAGAAGGAGGGAGAUAGAGAAAGGGAUAGAGAGAGGAAUAAAGAGAACAGAGACAGGAACAGAGAGAGGGAGGAGAGGAAGAGGAGAUGAAGUGAUGGACUGAUGACUGACAGAUGAGGGGAAGCUUCCCUCCUUCUCUCCUGUCAUCCUUCUUUACUCCCUGCUGACUUUAUACUGUCAUAAACUCGGACCCGUCGUUCUGUUUCCCCCUCAGCCUGUUUUCUAUUGUUGAUUUUUGAUGUUUAUUAAAUCAGGAAAAAAAACAUUAAAGUUGCUGUAGAUGGUUUUGAUUAA